AAUGAAGUGAGGUGAGCGGGGUUAUCUAUAAACUUACUCUGACAUUUUGAAAUGAUCCUUUUAAAUGUCAUAGAUCUUACUCUAUAAAUAUUUUUAAUAUAAUAUGCGAAUAUAUUCGUGUAUAAUGGGAUAUUUUGUAACGUUUAAUAAUCGAAACAUUCAGCGGGCGGAGCCGUUAUAUCAAAACCAACGCUUCUUGGAAACGGCAUCCCUAGCGAGUGUGUGAUUGGUCCGCCCGCUCAAAUUCCAGCCAAUGAGAACGGAGCGCAGGAGAUUUGAAUUCUCAGCUCAAUCACUUCUGUUUGAGCUCUCGCUUCUGAAGGACUACAGCAAACCUGGACUAUUUACAAGAGAUAAAGAAGCUGUAUGCGGUGUUUAAUGCUCCUAAACCCAGCCACUGAAUCAAACGAGACGGAAUUGUUAAACACGGUAAGAUUAAACUAUAAUAUGGACGAUGUUGAGCUUAGUCACGUGUGGAAACCCCACCCAGCAAACACAGAAAUACGUAAACUAAGUUUUACAGCUUGUUAUCUGCAGCCAGCAGAACAAAGUGCAGAGUUUGUUAAAGGAGCAGCCAUGCCGGUAGUAAGGGGGAAGAAACCAGCAGUGACUGCUGGGAGCAAGAUGCCCAAACUGAAUGCAACAACGAGGGAAAACCAGAUGGAGGGCCCCCAGGUGAAGAGGGCCUCAUCCCCUCCCCAUGGAGCCCCCAAGAAGAGGACUGCUUUCAUCGACAUUACAAAUGCUCAUAAGGUUACGAUCAGCCUUCCAGGGAGGAAGAAGAAGAACGCGGCGAAGAAGCAGGCGAAGAAAACAAGCGCUACUUCAGUGUCGACGGAGAGCCAUGCAAACCUGGAAAAGUCUUCAUCUAUGAGCUCAGAGGGGACUGUGACGGAAGAACAGACUUAUAAGGACGAGGGGCAGGGGGCAGCAGCUCCAGUAGAAGAGCUGGAGGCUGCUGCGCCCCGGGCUGCGCCCCCUGCUGCCCCGGAGGUGCCGGCACACCUCCUGAAACAACAGAUCCCAGUGGAGUUUGACAUUGACUCUGAGAACUCUGAAGACUGUUACAUGUGUCCCGAGUACGCUAAGGACAUCUUCGACUACCUUAAACAGAGAGAGGAGAAGUUUGUCCUCUGUAACUACAUGCCCAGUCAGCCCACCCUCAACCCAGAGAUGAGAGCCAUCCUGAUCGACUGGCUGGUGGAAGUACAGGAGAACUUUGAGCUGUACCAUGAGACUCUGUACCUGGCUGUGAAGAUGGCGGACCACUACCUCUCAAAGACCCCCGUCCACAGGGAGCUGCUGCAGCUGGUCGGCUCCACCACCAUGCUCAUCGCCUCCAAGUUUGAGGAGCGCAGUCCGCCGUGCGUCGACGACUUCCUCUACAUUUGCGAUGACGCGUACAAGAAGGAGGAGCUUAUCGCCACGGAGGCCAAGAUCCUGCAGGCGCUCUCCUUCGACAUCAACAUCCCCAUCCCGUACCGCUUCCUCAGACGCUAUGCCAAGUGUGUGAGCGCGGGGAUGGACACGCUGACCCUGGCGCGGUUCUUCUGUGAGAUGAGUCUGAUGGAGAUGGAUCUGGUGGAGGAGCGCGGCUCGCUGCUCGCCUCCGCCUGCCUGCUGCUGGCGCUCAUCUCCAAAGACCUGGGAGGAUGGUGUCCCACCCUGCAGUUCCACUCCGGGUAUCAGACGACAGACUUGGCGCCCGUCGUCAGGAAACUCUACGAGAUGCUUUUAGCUCCUGCGGACGAUAAACUGCGAGCCAUCAGGAACAAAUACUCACACAAGGUGUUUUUCGAAGUUGCAUCCUUACCUUUGGUCGACGCCGACAUCCUGGAGAAAGCUUUAUCUCAGUGAGACGUCGCCUACUACAAAAAUAAAAUCUUGCCAGUGAGUGAAAGUAUUUUUAAAAAAAGUUCCCUCCAACCCUGUACAUAGUUGUUAAUAUGUGGAAUAUUUAUAUGUGUCGUCUAGCCUGUCUUUUAUAUUAUAUUUUAAAUAAAUGUAGUCCUCCUGUGGGCAUUUGUUAAGGGUUGCCAGUGUACGAUGUUAAGGUUGUUAAUAAUGGCAUUUUAAGCACUUAAUUCCAGUCGUUUUGGCAUUCAUUUUAUAGCUUUUUAUAAGAAGAGAAAAGAAAAACAGCCAUUUUUGUGUGUCGUUUGAAAAGUUUUAAGAUAAUGGUAGAGUUGAGAGGAUUCGAAACCUGCCUGCGUGUUUUUACAAGUGUUCCUACGUUGUUAUAGUUGGCAGGUAUGUUUCUUUCCAUACGUUGUACAGUGUUUAUCAUGUUUAUAUCCCUAUGCUAAUUAUUAUUUGUAUAAAAGACGACCGGAUGAUGCUGUGCUAUUGUUAAAUGGCUGUCAAUCCGCACUCUUAAAAUAAAGACAUUGUUUUUUUUA